AUGGAGAUUGAGCGGGUCCUUCCCGAAGACAAGCUCCGAGAAGAAUGGGUCAUGCCUGUGAAGCGCCCGAAGGGCAAGCGAAGCAUCCGUCCGAAAAGCCUCAAGAGAGUGAAGUGGGAUGAAGAGGAUUGGGAACGCGAUCACGGUCACAAUCCCUGGAGUUCCUUCGCUUUGGCUCCCGCCAGAGAGAAGGAGAUGGUGGCAAAGUCGUGGGUAGAUGACGCUCGGCGGACGGCCCGGGAACGCGCGCAGCAGGAUCGGCAGCGGCAUCGCAUCGGCGACGAUGUGGGGACUGGCCCGAGCAGCCCCAAUGCCUACGUCGAAAUCAGAGAGAGGUGGGAUGGCCCUGAGCAGGAGGCGGUGAAUGUCGUGGUGGCUGAGGAGCUGGACAUUCCCCCUGAAACAGCUUCAAGACUUGUCAAUCUCGGUGCAGUAUGGUUCUACGACGAGUUCGAAGAACGGGACUGGAUUCGAAUCAUGAAGCCGCAGAAAGUUCGUUACGACACGGUGCUUCGAGUUUUCCCGAAUCCAGAGCGCUACAAGACGUGCUACCUGGAUGACUGGGACGAAAGGAUCAAGAAAGUCGAUCGGGACUUCGUCGUCGUGGACAAGCCGCCGCUUCUCCCUUGCCAUGCGCAUGUUACCAACGGAAAGGAGACGUUGAGCCGUGCUGUGGCGGAUGGACUCAACGUGCGGUCAGUCCAGGAGGUUGAGCUGGGCAUGGACGACAAGAACAUGACGCCCAUGACCUGCAUUGAUGACGAGGUUUCCGGGCUGGUGAUCCUCGCGCGCCAUGAGAAGGCUCGAAUUGUCUGUGAGGAAUGGUUAAAUGAAGGCAAGUUUGUGUUUGAGUUCGUGGCGAUCUGCACCAAUGAUGUGGAGAAAGGCCACUACCGCCACUUCUACAUGAAGAAGAACGCAAAGUCUGAGCUUCCAAAGCCAACCCUCUACGAUCCUCGGCACAGGGCUUCCGUUCAUUAUGCUCAAUCUUUUGAGUUAUUCUUGGCAUCGCCUGCAUUGCAUCAAGAACUGAACGGGGCCUGGACGUCUGAAAAUAUGGGCUGCGAGCUCACGAGUCACGACUAG